GUGUUCGAGAUGGACGGGACCGAGGCAAACCGGAGGAACUGUACGAGAAGCGAUACCGCAGCGGAUUCGAGACCAGAAAAGAAAAGCGACUCGCGGGAGCGCGUGACACUGAAGAAGGAAAUCGGUUUGAUGAGCGCGUGCGCUAUUAUUAUAGGUAACAUCAUCGGUUCAGGUAUCUUCAUCUCUCCAAAGGGGGUUCUGGAGCAUGCCGGCAGCGUGGGCUUCUCCCUCAUUGUCUGGGUCCUCGGAGGAGGGAUCUGUGCUCUGGGGUCACUGUGUUACGCCGAACUGGGCGUCACCAUCCCCAAAUCCGGCGGAGAUUACUCCUAUGUGACGGAAAUCUUUGGAGGACUGGUGGGCUUCCUGUUGCUGUGGAGUGCAGUAUGGAUAAUGUACCCCACCACACUGGCCGUGAUCGCUCUGACUUUCUCAAACUACGUCCUGCAGCCAGCGUUUCCCAACUGCCUCCCUCCAUUUAUUGCUACCCGCCUCCUGUCCACUAUCUGCAUCUUGUUGUUGACGUGGGUGAACUGCUCCAGUGUUCGCUGGGCCACACGCAUCCAGGAUUUUUUCACCAUCGGAAAACUUCUCGCUCUCGUUCUCAUUAUUGUCGUGGGAUUGGUCCAAAUCUGUAAAGGACACUACGACGCUCUGGAGCCUCAAACGGCGUUCGAGUUUAUCCGAGAGCCGUCGGUGGGGCAGAUCGCGCUGGCCUUUCUGCAGGCCUCGUUUGCCUUCAGCGGCUGGAACUUCCUCAACUACGUCACGGAGGAGGUGGUGGAGCCUCGCAAGAACCUGCCACGUGCGAUCUACAUCUCCAUUCCUCUGGUCACAUUAGUGUACACUCUCACCAACAUCGCCUACUUCUCCUCCAUGUCACCAGAGGAGCUGCUCGCGUCCAAUGCCGUUGCCGUGACGUUUGGUGAGAAGCUGUUGGGGAUGUUCUCCUGGGUCAUGCCCAUCUCCGUGGCUCUGUCAACAUUCGGGGGGAUUAACGGCUACCUGUUCACGUCGUCCAGGUUGUGUUUCUCUGGUGCAAGAGAAGGACACCUGCCCUACCUGCUGGCUAUGAUCCAUCUGAAGAACUGCACGCCCAUCCCUGCUCUGCUCGUCUGUUGCACUGCGACCAUCGUCAUCCUCUGCAUCGGUGAAACCCACAACCUGAUCAACUACGUGUCGUUUAUAAACUACCUCUCAUACGGAGUGACCAUCGCCGGUCUGCUGUUCUACCGCUGGAAGAAGCCCAACCUCGUCAGACCAAUUAGAGUGAAUUUACUGGUUCCCAUCAGUUACCUGGUGUUCUGGGCCGUGUUGCUGGGCUUCAGUUUGUACUCGGAGCCUGUGGUGUGUGGGAUGGGGCUGGUCAUCAUGCUCACCGGAGUCCCCAUCUACUUCAUCGGAGUGCAGUGGUCUCAAAAGCCGCGCUGGAUCUACAGUGCAGUGGAGCGUGUGACGUAUGUGGGUCAGAAGCUGUGUUACGUCGUGUUCCCUCAGGGCGAUCCUUCCGAAACGGAGCCUCUCACCGAGACAACCGAGAAGUCGGAGCUCUGAAGCAUCCAAACCUUCCAGGGAAAAUUUGCCCCCUUUUUGAUUCUUUUUUAAUAUUAUGGGGUUAAAUAAGCAGCAGUUAUUAAUAACGCGCAGAUUCACGUGCAGGCAAUCAGACGGAUUUCUCUUCGGUGCUCUAGGUUCCACUUUCAGUUCCUUUUUUUUUUUUUUUCCCCUUAGUGUAUAAAGAAAGAUAGGCCGCAUUGAAGGGAGGUUCAUAUUGUCUUUUUAUUAUUCCGGGCUUUUCUGGUCUUUUCCGCUGGCUGCGGAUGUCGGGACGUGUAAAACAGACCCUUUUGUCCACACAAAAGGAACUGGUUUCCAGCAAAACCUCCACUCUGUGCUACAUGGAGGCUAUUCCUGGUUUAAUAUACGGAGCGUUUGUUCCCUUGAGCCAUGUGGAGGAUCUUUUUUUUUUUUUGUGUGUGUAUUAACGACUACCGGCCUGUAACUUUCAGCUCUGUGUGUGUGUGUGUGUGUGUGUGUGUGUGUGUGUGUGUGUGUGUGUGUUUUCUUUCACAUAUUAGUCCCUGUAUAUAUGGCUUUGCAGCCAUAAAUCUUUACGUCAUACCACAGAGAUGUGUCUAAACAUUUAAUAUUUAGUUUUAUUAUUAUUAUUAUUAUUAUUAUUAUUAUUAUUAUUAUUUUUUUUUUUUUUAGGAAAUGAAGUCCAGCUCUAUAUCAGGUGUCCUUAAAACUGCUGUGUACAUUUUAAACCUGGUGAAAAUAUGCAAUUUUUGAAAAAUAAUUUUCUUUUUUUGAGCAAUUCUGUAGCUUAAAAUCCUGUAAAGUCGCUUUAACAGAAUUAAUGCAAACAAAACAUCAUUAGGAGUCAAUUUCCUCUAUGAAAUUUAAAUAAGUGUAAGAGAGAGUCUGAAAAAAAAACCACGAUCGAAAUAACUAGAUUGCUAGCUAACAGGUGCUAGCUACACGUUAGCAGUGAGCACCUUCGUCGCUAAGGAAUCACCAGAUUAUCAUUUUAACUGAAAACAUAAACAUUUUAGAUUUAAUUUUAGUUUUUUUUUUUCACAAUGAAGGCUCAUCUUCAUCAUCUUCGACUCCAACGCCUUCAUGCACCGGUGUUUGUUAUAUCGUAUUUUUUUUUAAAGAAAAUUAGCGAAAAUGACGUAGCAGAAAGAAAAGCCAUAGAACGUAGGGAUAUGUAUCGAGUUAUUGACGCAAAUAAAACCAAAACAAUUCGAAAACUCCGUUCAGUAAAGCUCGUCGAUCCGUCGUCAGUAAGCACUUUAUCUGAAUCAGAAAAAAAAACACACACACUUUCCCUGACCUGCGUUAGACGUAGUUUGCUGGAUUGCUAAUGUAGUCACUAAAAGUGUGUAAAUGAGACUGGUGUCUUUGUGGUUGUGGCCUGCGUUCAUUUUAAAGAAAAGAUACACGUUUUGUUACGGAAUGUAAACUUAUUCUCACGACAAACUUUAACAUUAAAUACCUUUAAUACCCAUUAAUAUUAAUACAUGAUAACAUUUAACAUAAAUACCAACCUUCUCUCUUUUAGUUCAUAUUACUGAAUUUACGGAUUCAGAACACAGCUACACUACGUUCAUGCUAGCAAGAAACAAGUCAUCGGUGUCACUUGAAGCGGCCGUGGCCGAUUUAUAUACAUAAACAAACAAACAAACAAACAAAUAAAUAAAUAAAUAGUAGAAGCUAAACCGCCAAAAGCUAACCAGUUAAACUCUAUUAUACACAAUAGCACACUAAUCAGUGUAAACCGUGUGUAACUGUUUACACGUCACGCGCCUGGCUUCGUUGUCUGAUUAGCGACCGUACUCGCUACGGAUUGUCACCAGAGACGAUCUUCGCUACUUCCUCGUCUCAAACCGUCACUAUUCAUGAACCUGUUACAUGUACGGUGGAAAAAAAACACAGCGCUCCUUUAAUUCGUCACCCUGUAGUGUGAACGUGGCGUUACUAACGACCGUGCUACAGAUUUUUACCCGGACGCAGGUCCGACAGGCAGGCGCACGUGUAGAAAGAUGCUAUCGGUUUGAUGGUGUCAAUGCUGCGGCUGCCUCCGACCCCGCGAUCGUGAUCGAGCUUGUGCACUCAGUAUGCGCUUUAAUGUAGAUAUUAAUGUGCGCUUAUAGAACGGGCUCUGACAUAACCGUUAAUAACUGAUCGUUUUUGCGCACAAAAUCGGUUCUCAUGCUGCGUUCGUGACCGAGUGGUGCAGGAAGCAGGACGUUUCUGGAUACCGUAGUGCUCCGAUUUUAGCGCUCCGUCUCCUGGCUUCUCAGAUCCCAUGUUCCGUUAUUUCCUUUAUGUUCCUACAGAAUUGAUCUAUCUAAGAUACUGUGUUUACAGAAUCUACUUCAUCUACAUUUCUAUUUAUCAAUGGUUUCAUAUUCCCAGCAUCGUAUGUAUCCCAGGUGCUAUGGUUCUCUAGGUAUAAAAGUUUCUACAGUAUGCUCGCAUGGCUUUAGGUUUCCAGAUCCUAUAUUCCAAUGGUUUCUCUGCUCCCAGAUCCAUAUCCUGGUGUUUCUUAACAAAUUUGUUCCUUGUAUCCGAUCUAUCCAGGGUUCUAUGUUCCCAGUAUCUAUGGUCCUAUAAUCUCAGAACCCAAUCUUCCCAGGAUCUCAUGUUCCCAAUGCUCUAUAUCUUUGUGCCUAUAUUUCUAACAUCCUAUGAAUCCAGGGUGUUAUGUCUUGAGAACCAUAUUUUGUUUACUACAUCCUCAGAUUCCCAAGCACCAUAUCUUUAGGGUUCUUUACAGUAUGUUCCCAGACCCUGCACUCCUUCUCUCGGUGUUCCUAGGACAUUUUCCGUCGUUCCUUCAGUGAAAUUUUAUAUUAACCUGCCCUGUAGUCCGGAGAACGAAACCCGGCAGCAUGUUUAAAGCCUUUGACAGACUUUAGAGACCCUGCGUUUUGUGGUAUUUGUGUGGAUCGGUUUGUUAAUCUGACGCUUAAACAUUGAACUGUAAAUUACAACAACACAUAUAUAUAUAAGAAAAUAGACAUUUAAACAUUUAUCACUUAUUAAUUUAAUUAAUUGUUUAAUUAAUCGUUGAAUUAACUCGAAUUUUUUUCUGGAAAAUUUUUACCACCCGGUUUUCAUGAACGCAGCUUCGGACUUACUUUACGUUUGUUUCUGUCUGAUUUUGUCACGUUUAAUCACGUGUGUUUUGUGGAAUCGUUUUUUUGGCAUAAAUACAUCAUUGUACAGUAGUUGUUGUUUAUAUAUAUAUAUAUAUAUAUCUUUUUUUUCGGUCAAGGGAUGCAACAAAAAACAAGGAAAGAAAAGGUGUAUAGAGUUUGUGUUAAGGACACCUGAUGAAUGUGAAUGUUUCAUCUAACUCCAGCACUUAUUUCUUAAAAAUCGUCAGGUUUAAAAGUCACUUUAAUAGGAAAUCGUUUAACAAACCCCAGAGCCGUCGUAACGUAUCUAUGCAAACACAGGUUUAAUCGCUUGAAUCGUUUAUUAAUAUUUUUUUUAUAGUUAGACAGUAACUUCUUGUGAAAGUUCAUCUGUACUUUUUUAAAGACCCAUUAACGAUUACGGUUUGUGUAAAUAACUGAUUAUUUAAUCGGUUUUUUUUUUUAUUGCUAUGCUGGAAAAGACGUUUUCAGACUCCAUGGGGAUAUAAAUAGGGACAUUCCGCUCGGUUGUGUUUCAGCAGUAUCUCGUCAUUUACAGAGACUUGUUCUAGGGAUGCGUCGAUAUCGAGUACGUAACGAUAACGAUACUGAAAUCUACUUCGCGUUGAUCGAUCAGGGACGUCGUCGAGCAUUAAAUUCCCGUCCGUUUGUCUUGCUUUCGCGGUAUGUUUUGUUCAUUUUUUUAAAAAUGACUGCUACUGAUGUAAGCGCUCGGUCCGGCCUCCUCACACUCUCUAUUAAACGUUAUCUCACGUAUUCUCACGUGAAAUCGGAUAACGGUAAACGGAGCGUGUCUGACGGAAUCGGUCGUGAUGCAUCUCUAACGUAUUUCCCAGAGCCUCGUGUCUGAAAAAAAGCACUUAGAUCCACAAAUGUCUUCAUGACUGUACACAUCAGUUUCAUCCUCUACAUAAAUUAAGCUAUUAAACCUUCGUACUCUUCCCUUUUUAAACAAUAAUUGUAAUGUCAUAUUGACCGAUAUAGAUUUUUUUUUCUUUCAUGGGAUCCAGGACGAGACGUUUCUGUCUCUAAACGUAACAGUAACCCUGUUCUUUCUGCCUCAAGUGCUCAAUUCAGACAAACAAAGCCAGAGAGACAGCAUUCCUGAGGCCAGAUGUGGGAGACAUUGGGAAUGUGUGCUAAAAAUAUGGACUUUGAUGUUAAAGAUGGGUAAGCGUAACAAAAAUAGCACAAUAAAGAUAAUUCAAAAGUU